AGGUUAUACACGCUCACAUCACGAGGUCCAUGGGCCCCCCAAUGGACCCACAUGGUAUCGUAUACCAAGUACCACCUGUUGUACCGUCAAACCGCAUUAAAAAGGAUCUCGGUGUUGCGGCACUGCCUACGUACCUCCCCCGCUCUUUUCAUCUCUCUUUGCCCACGUCUUCAGAUUUCAAACCGUCGUUUGGUUUCGAAUGUUCGAAAAUAAGCGUCCGUUAAAAUCAUCUCAUCUCGACACUGGAGCCGGUCGGUCGCGUUCAUUGCUGAAAAAUUCUUGACCAUUCAGUCGUGCGUCGUCACAUUGCUCAGAGAGUGAAACAGGAAGUAGGGAUUAAAUGCCCGUGUGAAUGUUGUGUUAUUAUCAAAAACCAGUGAUUCUUUUUUGUGUGUUAUGGAAAAUAUUGUGAAUACGUAAAUAAACAUAUAAAGAAGAAAAUGAGUGACUCUGGAGAUAAUCUUAAAUAUAAAUGGACACCAGACAGUACGACGCUUUUGGUGUCUGUCUGGACCGAUAAACAGGUACAAAAACAGUUGGAGUACACAACCAAGCCGCAAUUAAUAUGGGAAAGUGUCGCUCGAUAUAUGAAAAAAAAGGGAUAUAAUGUAACAGCGAAACAAUGUCGAUCACGAAUGAAGCAGGUCCUUGUUUGUUAUCGUGAGGCCAAAAGAUCUGGAACUCGUGCUGGCGUCGAACAAUAUUACGAAUGCAUUGAUAAGGUCCUAAAAAAUCGUCGAUCAGAUCCAGUGAAUCUCAAUGGAAUUGACACUGUUGAUUCGACAAAUAAUGUGAAAUCACCGCCAAAGGAUGUAAAAACGAAUAAAAAUCUCCAGAUGCGCUAUAAAUAUCAUACACCAAUUGAAUCACUUUAUCGAACUGAAGCUCUCUCGCCAACCUGGACAGCAGGGAGAGACGAAGAUUAUCCAGACUCACCAGAAUCUAAUGAAACAGUACUUGCACAACCAUUUCGCGUACUUUCUCCUGUUCGUGAUGCUGCAACAAAUACUCGACAUCAACUAGAUCAGUUCUCAAGAAAAACUCUUCAUUCUAAUACCGUUGCCACUAACACUAUCGAACCAGCAGUUAAGGACUCUUUUCACCCAAAUUCCCUCGCUAAUAAUCGUUUCAGCGAGAUACCCUAUCAGAAUACUGUGCAAAAUGUACAAAAUCAAAUAAUUCAAGAGAACAUGCAACAAAAUCAAGCAUAUUUGCAGCAAAACUUAUUGCAAAAUCAAUUGUCGGGCAAUAAUUUAUUGCAAAUGAAUCCAACUUAUAGGCAAAAUUUGUUGAAUACAAAUGAAACUCUAUAUGCAGGACAAGGAGUUCAAUGGCGAACGGGAAACGAUCAAUUGCCAAUUUUAUUGAAUCCAAUUCAAUCAGAGAAUAUUUAUUAUCCUCAAAAUCAAUUACAAAAUAAUCCCAUUAACAAUCAAUUGAUACCGCAGGAGCCGAGAAAAUUGACAUUUAGACAGAAUUUAGAUUCUUAUCGUCAGUAUCAAAAUUCUCGUGGACAAACUCUAAAUCAUAUUCCAAGUGGAUUAUUAUCACCUCGUUAUUCGCCGGAGUAUGUCGCGAAUUUGGAAGAGAAGGCGCACAAUUUAAAUGAGACCUACGAUCAAUCAUCUGGCAAUGGAAUCAAUCUUCCCAAUAUUGAUACAACAACGUUGACAACUAACGCCACAUUUAAUGAUGAUACAUUGUCAAUUGAAUUUCUACAAGAUUCACCAUCGCCUUCCGAUGAUGGCACUACGAAAGUCAAAGACUUGGCGGUUAAUACGGACAUUGUACCGAAUGCUCCAUUCCGGAAGAAAAAAGCACAGAAACUUGAGCAAUUGAUGCUAAGUGCAAUAAGUUCGCAGAAUGAUGUUGUUAAUAAGAUUCUCACCGCUCAAAAUGAUAUGGUCACAAAAUUCCUCGACUUGGAUCGAGAUCGACAAAAUAGACUGGAAAAUCGUCUCGAUCAUUUAAUGGACGUUGUACAUGCGACCGUACUCAAUAAAUCAUCAGACCGUGAAUCUGAUCAGCAAGAGCCGAUAAUAACAAAUUUACUUCCACCGCCAAAAUUAGGAAUUGUUCCACCGAAAUUGGAUCUUGUUCCACCGAAGCCAUGCCGAUUUCCCUCAACAUUAACCGGCAAUAAUACAAAUCAAAACACAGAAAUGACAAGACCGGGAGUAAUAUCACCACCCGCUCGUAGAAUUGGUUCAAUAUGGACAAAAUUAGGUCCCGUUUCACAAUCACCAUUCGUCAAGGCCCAACAACAACUUGGCUUUCAAACAAUUCCAAGUCUCGAAUCAAGAACACAAUCAUCAGCCGAACGACGUAUUUUACAGGACAUUCGAAUGAAUAUGGACCCACGAACAGUCAUCGAGGAGACAUUAACUUUCCUCGAGAACGAACGACAUGUUCAAGAGAAAAUUGAAAACGCAAAAAUUCAAUCAAACAUGAAUCAAACAUUAACAGCAAAAAAACGUUUAUUCACCAAUCGUGAGCCAACGGCGGCUAUGAUUUUAUCGGCCGCAUUUUUAGAAAAUGAAUCACAGUACAUUGAACUCGUGGAAAAUGCUCGUAUCAAUUGCGGUAAUAAUGAAAUUACACGAAUGUGUUUAAGAUAUCUUCAUCAACAAGCAUCGAAGGAGAGUGAUAAGCUUGUCGCCGGACAAGGUGACAGUUAUGAACGUCUAAAACGAUUGAAUUUAGAUGAGAAGUUUAUUGACGAGCCUUCUGAUUCAUCAACACCUGCGAAGCCAUCAGCACCUCAACUCGAGGCACGACCGACAAUUCAACAAUUAGCACAACUCGUAAUGCAGAGUUCCCGUUGGCGUGAUGUGGCGCAGAAUAAACUAAAACCCCUCGAUGCGCCACGAAAAGAUGUCAAUCUAAGGAGACGUGAUUUUUUCAAUGACGAACAACGUAGAGAUGAACAAAACCGUAUUGAAGCAAGAUUAAAUGUUUUAAAACGCGAGGAACAAUUAGAAGAGGAGCGAAAGAAAAUACAAUUUUUAGAGAAUGAAGAGAGAAGGAAACGUGAAAUGAUCCUUGAGGAGGAGAGAAGAACUGAUUUUUUGAAAGAUAAUAACGGAAUAGCAAUUUUGAGGGAUAACAAUGAAAUUGCUGGUGAAUUGGGAAGAAAUAAAAAAUACAGAAAUUACAAGGAUUCAGAUGGCAAAGCAAAGGCGAUAAAUUGGCUUCAGGAUCGUUAUUCAUAUGGCGAUCAGAUUUUAAAAAUAAAUCAAGGUGUACCACGUCCAAUUGGUUUUAGUGUCGAUGAUUUAAAUGCCAUCGAGGCGAAACCGAAUUUCGAGAGAAGGGAUAAAUUGAGAAAAUCAAAUUUUGACGAAAGACUGAAAAAUCAUCGACAAAGUGUUCAUUUCUCCGAUGAUAUGGGACCAUUCGGUCAAUUGAAGCAAAAUUAUCCUCAACGUUAUUAUACAUUGCAGAAUCCAAAAUAUAUUGAAAUUGAUGGCGUGCCAAUUCCGCAGAAUCGCGAUAUGAUCGAUCGAUAUAUGCGUGAAAUUGAAUUGCGAAGAGUAAAAGAUGAUUCGGAUGAUGAAGAAUUUUUGGACACAACAACGACAAUGAGUCCAUUUACACCGACGGAGGGAGCUUUGAAAGCUGGUAAAGGAACCUGUGUGAUAAGUUAAUUAUAAAAAAAGAAAUUUUUUUUUCUUUUCCUUUUUUUAUCGCUUUACAAAAUAUGUAAUUGAAAAAAAAUUAAAUAAUUAAUUUUCUAAAAAUUCGAAAUUAGUCGAAUUUUCGUUUGAAACAAGAAAAAAGUUUAUUUCUUAUUAUUUAGAAAGAAUUCUUUUUUCGUUUUACUUGAGUAUAUUCGCAUAUAUACUCAAUUUAUGACAAUUGAUAAAAUGUUGCAAUGAUAAUUAUGACUGAAAUUUAGAUUUAAAGUACGUUUAAAGUUUGAAAAAAAGUCAAACGAUAGGUUUUUUUUUAUAAUCUUUUUUCUUGUUAUAGAAUUUAUAUGAUAUCGUUUAUUUGAAAAAUAAUGAAACUAAAGCUAAUCGCGACUAAAGGAGAAACUAAUUAAUUUUAAUUUUAAUUUUCGAUUCCAGAACAAUGUAAUUAUUUACUUUUUGUUUUGUUUUUAUUAAUCACUAGUGUCGCUGUUAGUUUCAGUAUCCUUGCAGAAAAUAUAUCUCAACAGUGCUUCCACUUCACUAUUAAUUUGUAAUAUUACUUAUUUGUUAAAUACUUACGAAUGUAUUCGUAUAUUUAAAAGAAUUUUCAAUUUUUCCAUUAUCUAAAGUAAUAGUCUUUAAUUUAUUUGUUUACAAAAUUGUUUUGAUAUUUCAAAAUAUUCAAGAAUUACUAAAAUAGAAAUAUUUG